CAUUUCCACUUUUCUACUUUGGAUUUUUGUUUUAAGCAACUCUUUCUUAUAUUGCAAAACAAAUUUGGGAACUUUGUAACUAACUAAUUUUCACUUGACUGUCAGUAAAAUUAACAUUGUUCCAAAGAGCAUGGGAGAAUCUGCUUGCCUCAUGCAGCCAUUCUCAUACGCAGCUCCACAGGGAGAUUCUGUUGGUGGUUUAGGACAGUCAGUGUCCUUUGGGAGAUUCAUGUCUGAGAAACUUGAUUGGGAGAAAUGGUCAUCAUUCCCCACACAGAACCGUUAUGUGGCGGAGGCAGAGAGAUACUCGAGGCCAGGGUCUGUGGCUCAGAAGAAAGCCUUCUUCGAAGCUCACUACAAGAAACUCGCUGCUGCAAGAAAAGCUGCUGCCGAAGAGGCACUGUUGCUUCAAGAAGUUAUCAAUGGCGGAGGAAAGAAAGAAUCAGACCCGGUUCUUGAGAUUCCAAGAAUCAGACCCGGUUCUUUAGAUGCUGAUACGAAGGUAGUUGCAGAAAAAGUAAGCAGGUGUGAUGAGAAAGAGAACCGUGGGAAGAAGCAGCCAGAGAUUAAUGGCAAAGGCUCUACUACCGUUGAAGAAGAACAAAAGACGCCUAUGACGAUGAUGCUUAAGAAGAAAUCAAAAGAAGCACAACCAAAGAGCGGUACAAAACCACCGAGACUCGUCUCUAAGCUCAAUAAUAUAUCGGAGAGGACUCCAAGUCAAAAAAAGCCUAGCAGCUCCUCUUACAAUUUCACACCUGCAAAAGAGUUCAAUAGGUUGGUGUCCAUCAUAAGGAAGAUUGAUGGAUCAUCAUCAAGAGUUUCUUCUUCUAAGCUAACCAAAGAAUGCAAAACUCCUCUCCGGACACCAUCAACCAAGGUGUCUACAAAGGGAAUUGUGGAGGACUCUUCUUUGUCCACACCCACACCUUUGUCUAGUAACAACACAAGUAAGUGCAGAGGGAAAACAGGUCAUGGUUCUUCUUCUACCAAGACAGGUCGAGGAAGGUGGAAUUUCCUCCCUGCAGAGUAA